AUGGCGUCGGAGUCCGUUGCGGCGGCGGCGGCGGUUUCGGCACCGGCGGCGGCCGGGGGAGGGAAGGACGACGAGCUGGCCGAUCUGGUGCGGCGCCUCGUCGACGCCCUCGCGCGCUACUCCGAUCGCCUCCCCUUCGACCUCGAUCGCCAGAAACUCCGCUCGCUCACCACACUUGCUGCGAUCGCCAUCACACUCGUGUUUGCUUGGAAACUGUUGAGAGCUCCUCAAGAGCAACCCCGGAGGCCACGCAGACGUGUUGCUCCCUCACCUAGCAACACCAGCAGCCGAUCACGGCAAGGUGCAUUGACCGGAACGGAUGCUUGCUCAUCGGCAGAUUCAAGAGCACAUGAAGCAAUCAACCAGCUUUUCCAGCCUGUAAAUCUGACUCUUGAGCAGCUUGUCAGGCAUAAACUUAGCGAAGGACGAAGGGUUACCUGCCGGUUACUUGGCGUCAUUUUGGAGGAAACAACUCCAGAGGAGCUCCAGAAUCAUGUCACAGUGAGACCUUCUGUCCUAGAGGUUCUUUUGGAAAUCGCAAAAUUUUGUGAUGUCUAUCUGAUGGAGCGCGUUCUUGAUGACGAAAGUGGGGAAAAGGUGUUGUCUGCCCUGAGCGAAGCUGGGCUUUUUACUAGCGGUGGUUUGGUAAGAGACAAGGUUCUCUUUUGUAGUACGGAAAAUGGCCGUACCUCUUUUGUUCGGCAACUGGAACCUGAUUGGCACAUUGACUCGAGUCCUGAAAUUGUUCACCAGUUAUCUAGGUUUAUCAAAUAUCAGCUGCACAUAUCGCCACAACAAACGGAAAGAGCAGCGGCCAAUGUUUUCAGCUCUACAAGCUUGGAGCAGUUCUUUGGAGGCCUUGAUCAGAGAUGAUACAAUGAGAUAGGGUUAAUGACUCCAGCGAGCAGUGGCAUAGUGAGAACUCAGAGGAAAACCAUUGUUCAUUUUUUUCCUGAAUGAUGUAAUUCGUUUUUCUUGUAUUAUGUGUAAAAGUCUUGUGACAAUACUAAGCUUUUCUGUGUCGCCCAUAAGCUAUGGGAAGAGAUAGCACCUGUAGCAUAACUCAUGUAUCAACUGUGCCCAUGUAUAACUAAAAUACUUCACAGCUGUCAAAACGUUAUGCACUCCGUAUUAAAAAAAAAGUUGGUGUGUCA